AUGCAUCCGUCGCGCCAGGCCUACGUGGAGGAGGCCGAGGCAGAGGAGAAGAAGGGGCUUUCGCUCGAAGAUGUGCCUAUGGAUCAAGAUUACGAUAUUCCCGGAGGCGCGGCCGGCAUGGCGUCAGCGAAGGCAUCGGCAAUCAUGUCCACGUUUAAUAGGAAGCGGCUAGCAGCUACAAUCGCUGUCCCUACUGACGACGGGCGCGUACGGGCGCGGCUCCGGGAGCUCGGUGAACCCAUCACACUUUUCGGAGAAGGCCCGGGCGAUCGGAGAGACCGUCUACGAGAGCUCCUCACAGUGCAGGCAGAGCUAGCUAGCAAGCAGGAAGGCGGCGACGUCACGAUGCAGGAUGCGGGAGACUCCUCAGAGGAGGAAGACGAGCAGGACGAAGAGUUUUACACGAGGGGCGGACCGGAGCUUCUCGAGGCACGAAUCGACAUCGCCGAAUUUUCAUUACCCCGGGCGAAGCGGCGCAUCGCAUUCCAGAAAGAAGAGUCCUCGAUCCCGCUCCGCACGCACGUCAAGUUUAGAAAACACAUCAAGGAGAGACUGUCCGGAUUUGAGCUUCAGGGGUCGCAGACGACGGGCGAGCGACAUGUGAGCAUGACGCGAAUAUCCCCAGACGGAAAGUCGGUGGCGGUGGGCAACUGGGGCGGCACGAUGAAGCUGUUCAGCCUACCCGAUCUGGAGGAGGGCAAGACCUUUCGAGGUCAUACGGGCAAGAUCAGCGGCAUCUCUUGGUUCCCGGGCGCGACGUUACCCGAGAGAGGCGUUUCGCCAGACUCGGUGAACCUCGUUUCGGGAGGGGCGGAGGGGCAAGUCCAUCUCUGGUCGUUGAAUCAGGAUACGCCUAAGGCGACGCUCUCGGGCCACACGCAAAGGGUAUGCAGGGUAGAAUUUCACCCGUCUGGGCGUUACGUGGCGUCCGCGUCCGAAGACACGUCGUGGAGGCUAUGGGACGUGGAAAAGACGACCGAAUUGCUCCUGCAAGAUGGGCACUCGAGGGGCGUGUACGCCGUUAGCUUCAACACGGAUGGGUCGCUCGUUGCGAGCGCGGGCCUUGACAGCAUCGGCAGAGUGUGGGAUCUCCGGACGGGACGGACGAUUAUGAUAUUAGACGGCUACAUGGACGGACAUAUCAAGCCAAUCUACGGACUUGACUGGAGUUCAGACGGCCACCGCGUCCUCACCGCGUCUGCCGACGGUUGGAUCAAGUGCUGGGAUAUUCGCAAGGUGCAACGAACAGUCGACGAGAAAGGGGCGCAGCUCCCUAAGAAGUCGGGGACCUUUUUCGUGUCGAGUGGGGUGGACCACAAGGUCAAGAUCUUCUCGGCCGACGACUGGAGCCUCGUACAGGAGUUGAGCGGGCACACGGGGCCGGUAGGAAGUGUGGAUGUGAGUCGGGAUGGAAGCUGCAUCGUCAGCGGAGGUCACGACCGGACCAUCAAGUUGUGGGGCCGGAAUGAUGGCGAAGCGCUCUAA